AGAAGCGAGGCGAAGCUGCGGGUGAGCGUUUUCCUGUUGCAUCGAGUCGGUGCUCACCUUCAGACCUCUCCUGUCAGACAUACGCACUGCCUCGUCUGCCGGUUUAAAUUCUUUCCCCUUUUUUGUUUUGUUUUUCAGCGCUUUUAAUUUAUUAAAUUUGAAUUUACCUGCGGGAACAGUGAUCAUCUGAACACGUGGAGGAAAAAGGACUUCCCCUCCCAAUCGCUCUAAAAAUAAGAACACUGCUCUUAAUUUUGCAGCCACUGUGCAAACUUCCCUCCUGUGCAUUCUACUGCCACCUGUGACCAAGUUUAACCAACAGAACAGAGAUUUUUAUUUUUUUAAGACACAAAAAGAAAGAGGAAGACAAACAGACUGACGCAGGGUUUGUGACGCCAAAGGGUGCGAGAAGACCUCAAAGUGCACUGGCUUGUGGUGGGAACUUCCUGCCUUGGCUGUCCUUUUGUGACGCAGUCGCUCUGUUGUUCAGUCAUACCAUGUGGUUUGGCAAGCAGGUAUUUUGUCUAAAAACAUGUGAAGCAGCUGAGUGUGUGGGAUGACGGCACAAAGAAAGCAAAAACGUGGAAUAAAACAACCAUGCCGAAUAGCAGUCUGGUCUAUAUUGGCCUGGAGUUGGUGAUUGCUUGCCUGUCUGUGGCUGGGAAUGUCCUGGUCUGCUGGUCCGUCUGCCUCAACUCCAACCUGCAGAGCAUCACCAACUUCUUUGUAGUGUCACUGGCAAUCGCUGAUAUUGCUGUGGGACUGCUGGCGAUUCCCUUCGCUAUCGCUAUUAGUACUGGUUUCUGUGCAAAUUUCUACGGCUGCCUGUUCAUCGCUUGCUUCGUCCUCGUGCUCACUCAGAGCUCCAUCUUUAGUCUGCUGGCUAUUGCUGUGGACCGCUACAUCGCAAUCAAAAACCCACUCAGGUACAACAGUCUGGUGACAGGGAAGAGGGCAAAGGGCAUUAUUGCACUGUGCUGGGUUCUUUCAGUGGGCAUCGGCCUGACACCGAUGUUUGGCUGGAACACAGGUUGGAACUCCACUACCACUGCCACCAAAAGCCAAGGCUGCCCUGAAGGAAUGACUCAUUGCUUGUUUGAGGGAGUGGUUCCCCUUGACUAUAUGGUCUAUUUCAAUUUCUUUGGCUGCGUGCUGGUGCCCUUGGUGAUAAUGUUGGUCAUCUAUAUCCAUAUCUUCAUGGCAGCUCGCCGACAGCUUCGAAUGAUGAGCCUCAAAGUUGCACACGUACCUGCUCCUGGACAGAAAACUCCAUCUUCUGGCUCAUCUCGUUCGAUUCUGCAGAAGGAAGUACACGCUGCAAAAUCGCUGGCUAUUAUCGUCGGUUUGUUUGCUCUGUGCUGGCUUCCUGUGCAUAUUAUCAAUUGCAUCAACCACAUUUGCCAGGAUUGUGAGCGCCCACACAUCUGGGUGAUGAACAUUGCAAUCAUUCUCUCCCAUGCCAACUCUGUGGUGAAUCCCUUUAUCUACGCCUACCGCCUUCGAGAAUUCAGACAUACCUUUCGCAAGAUUCUCUAUCAGCACAUCCUGGGGAAGAGGGAUGGGCAUGUGUUCGGGGUUGAAAGUGCUGGUGGCAGAGGUGUAAGGAGCACUAGUAUCAUGCAGACAUCUGCCCGUACGAGUAAAGAGGAUUUAUCAUGUGGCACAAUGGUAAAUAGUUAUGUUCUAGAUUCCGGUGCUGAGAAAACUACAUCAAAUGCCUCUCAUGUGAGUUUAGAUUCUGUACCUAACAGUAAUACACCCAACGGACACCAAAAAGCAACUGGCACCCCAUCAGAAGUGCAGCAUCAGCCAGGUAUCUUGGCAUCUUCUGCACAGGAAGCAGCAACGUCCGCCACAUAUCUGGGAGGAGCAACAGAUAUUUUGGAAUUGAAAGACAGAGGAAGCUGCAUUACUUUUGUAAAUGUUCAGGCAUUGCCAUUAAAACAGAAUGACUGUUCCCUUUCUUCAAAAAUCACAGAAAUAUCAUGACAAAGACAUUUAGUUAUUUCAAAUAUAUUGCUCUCAGAACAUCAGAAUGUUCUGCAAACGUGAAAUUUCAGCAAAUCAGCCUCGACAGCAAAUCUGUUUUUUUAAUGUAAAAUUUUAUUUUUUUAGUUUGGAGUUUCUUUUUUUAAUGUGCACUUUAACGUUUAAAGAUAAUAUACUUUUUGUAAUGUGCAGGUUUUUGCUAUCUGUGUUGUUUGUAUGCCAUCAAAAUUAAAUAUCUUUGAAUAUGU